AUGGUUCGAGGCAACUGGCAAAGACGUGUCGAAAAGAAUGAAGCACGACGUGAUGAGGCCAAACAGCGCAAACAUCGCAUGGAAGAGAAGAAGUUGUUCAAGCAGAAAGCUCAGAAGUUUUUAGCCUCAAUGGAUGAAUACAAAGACCUCGCCUGGCAACAAGUGGAAAAACGAUGGGAACUGCACCUCUGGGUGGACACACUGCCGUCGGAUCAACAUCAAAUACAACCCACAUGGGAAGACGACUUGGAUCCAAAGGGCUCGAAGCGUCGGAACCGAUCUACUUCGAUCGAAUCUGAGGGUGCGGCAAAGUUUGGUAAAUCAAGAGGCAGAAAAGAAAAGAAGAAACACCCGAGGAGCAAAGAAGUUGUCGAUGAAUCCCCUGCAGAGGAACCAUCGAUAGUUCCUCAACUGUCCCAAAUUCGAUUCUUUACAGGACAGCAAGGGCAACAAAAAGGGGUAAAGAGAGGAGGCGAGAGUUCACACUCACAAAUUCCAAAAGGAUUCAAAAGUCUUGCUGAAGUCAUUUUGAAGGGAGCUGAAAACAAACAAGAUGCUAAAGCUGUUCUUGCAUCCACUGAAGCGGCGCACCCAGAUGCACCAGGUGACGAGGAAGUAAAUACUGGCGAAGCCCCAAUGAUGGAAAUGCUUUACUACUUCUCAGUCCCCGCGGUAGAUGGAGCCGCUGGUGGUGAAAUGCCUUCAUUUUCUGAAUUCAUUGGGGAUAUUCUAUGGAAAAAGUCGUGCAACAUUGGGAGUAUUGUCUAUGUCACUUUCAAUGGGACACUGCUGUUUGAUAGGUACCAAAAAGGGCUUUUACUAUCAGACAAUGAUCUUCGAACCUGCAUUUCCAUGGCGAAGUCUGCAACCAGCUCCUCGCAGACAAGUUCCAAUCUGGCGAAAUCAAUGCCAGGUUCCGUACUGGAGUACAUACUGACAUUCUUGUCAGAGUUUGAAAUUGCUGGAAUGAGUUCGGUAUGUAAAUCCUGGAACAAGGAGAUAGGAAAAGAGUCGGCAAAUCUAUGGCGUCACUGCUUGGAAAGGAGACAGUGGCCAGUCAAUACAUCUGAGGAUCUGGAGCACGCUCCAUACCGUCAAAUUUUCCUGUCUCACUAUGGUGUCAGGAGAGAUUUGAAUGCGAUUCAACUGGGAGUAUCCGAUAUACUGACGAGAAAGUCGCGUUCGACAACCGAAGCAGUAUCACGAUCAUUUGAAAGUUCCAAAGAUACACCACAAUAUCCGAAUCAUUCUGCAGGCAUGGCCGGAUGGAAAAACCAAGUAAUUGUUGCCUAUUCACACGAAUGCACACUACGCCUUUUCUCUACGGCCGAAAAGAGUGGUGGAGAUGGAGACAAAUUGUGCAGAGAGCUGGUAUGUCAAAACAUUGAUCCCUACAGAAACACCAAGAAGAGGACGAGUACACUUGUCGAUCUUGCAUUGGAUGAUUCUCGAAUCGGAUGCUUGUGCAAAAUAGAGGAGGAAAACGUCGAAGAAAAGUCGACACGGUUGCUACUCCUCAACCUAGAUGAAUUCUUGACUUCUGAUGUUGCGGAAGAAGAAGGAAUCUUACAUCAAAUUGGACUGGAGAAUGCAAUUCUUGAUUUCCUCUUUGAUUACGAUGGAAUUGACGACGAUCUAAUGGAGUUUUUGUCGUACAUAUCGUCUGGUGGCGCACUCGAAGAUAUCAUAGUUCUUGUUUCUCCAAGCUUGGUAGCUUGUGGGAAUGGUCUGUUUCUAUUUCAUGCCUCAUGGUCUAUCCCAUCUGUGAAUGGUGUGGAAGGCGAAGAGUGUUUCUUCAAGAGGCUCUUCAUGUAUUCAGCCGGUGCUGGGGCGAUUGUGUUAAUGCAAAACGUCGGCUCAAACACUGUUACGAACGAAGCGCACGAAAGUUAUAACCUUGCGUCACAAGUCAUCACAGACGAAAAGGGGGUUUCCCAUUGCACCUUUGCUGCGUCGUCAGCUGUCUCGUCGUCACUCACUAUCGGAUCCAUUGAGACAAAUGGUGCGAUUCGGACUGACAGCCCCAUAGUUGGAACAAUUCCUGAGGGCUACUCACUGUGUCAACGAAGGAAACGACCGAUGGCCAUGGUUGGGUCCACAACUGUGGUCGCCGAUUCUAUGGUUGAAAACGCCGAAGACGAAGAAUCCAACAAGACGUACAAGUCAAUACUCUCCUUCAACUUAUGUCCAGCCAGUGAAACGGAUAGCCUUUCUUUCACCAUUGAUCUCCAAGGAAACUUGGAGGUGGUAGAUCUUAUCAGCUUUCGAGAUGAGCAUGUCCUUCUACUAUGUUAUAUGUUUCCUCAGACUGGAGAUACUGACAUUGAUGCGAUCGAUGGCCACUGGUUCGGCCCCCCUACUGAGGAUGAAUUGGUGUCAUUGGUUGGGAUUGUCUAUCACGUUCCCAGCCGAACGGAAAUACAUCGGGUCGUUCUAUUGAGCGAUCAACAUGGCUCACUGGAACCUCUAGACAUCAGUGUACAUGACGGCACAGUCGCAGCUAGCCUAUGGUGGAAAGGACUACUAAUGACCGGUGAGGAUGUACGAGCUAGGCAAGAAGAUUCCAUUGCUGGUCAGGAGCUGGCAACACCAGCGUCAAAAACAAAGAAAAAGAAGAAGAAAACUCCAAAGAAGGGAGGAAAGAAGGAUGGCUUUGCCCGAGGCAUGAGCAUGCGUGGUUAA